CCGACGAGACCCUGUACGUACUACAGACAAGUCGGCUGGACGACGCUACUGUGAGGUAUUCCUUUGACCCAAAGCUGGUGUUCCCUUCUUCAACGUUCGAACCUCAUUUCAAUCUCUACCACCAUCAACGGUUCAUCUGAUCACGUCAGAUCAAUUCAUCACAUAUAUUGUUCCGUCUACCGUCUGUGUAUAGGUACUUUCUGCAUAUCUAAAACUCGCUUACCCCGUACUUAAUCGUCGGCAAAUACCGAAGCCGCGCAGCAGCAAUGGCCUCCGCAAAGACCUUCACCCGCGAGGAGGUCAAGAAGCACAACACCGAGGACGAUGUUUGGUUCAUCAUCGACUCGGUCGUCUACGAUGUCUCCGACUUCCUAGACGCCCACCCGGGUGGUGAGGCUGUACUGCGCCAGGCUGCCGGUACCGAUGCGACGACCGACUUCUACAACCUGCAUCGCCAUGAAGUCCUCACGAAGUACAAGGAUCUUGCCAUCGGCACCAUUGUCAAUGAGAAGCCCUCUGUCAUAACCCCAAAGCCCGGCGACCUCUCCCUGGUCCCCUACGCCGAGCCUCUCUGGCUCACGCCUCAAUUCAAGUCACCAUACUACAAGGAGUCUCAUCACCGCCUGCGUCGCGCUAUGCGCCUGUUCACCGACAUCUACACCACUCCGGAGGCCCAGGCCAGGGAGCGCGAUGGCGAAUAUGUUUCACAGGAGCUCAUUGACCGCAUGAGCAAGGCAGGCAUCCUGCACAUGCGAAUGGGUCCGGGCAAGCACCUCCACGGCCAGAAUCUACUGGACGGUGCGGUCGACGGCAAGGAGUUUGACUACUUCCACGAUCUUAUCUGUAUUCAGGAGCAGACCCGCCCCUCGGCUCGAGGUUUCCAGGAUGGUAACCUGGCUGGCAUGGUCAUCGGUUUGACCGCCGUGCUCAACUUCUGCAAGGACGAGCCCUUGAAGAAGAAAAUUAGCGAAGAGGUCUUUUCGGGCAAGAAGAAGAUUUGCUUGGCCAUCACCGAGGCCUUUGCCGGCUCCGACGUCGCUAACCUGCGCACCACGGCCAAGAAGACCGCCGACGGCAAGCACUAUAUUGUCAACGGCACCAAGAAGUGGAUUACAAACGGUGUCUUCUGUGACUACUUUGUCACUGGUGUCCAGACCGACAAGGGCCUGUCGGUACUGAUAAUCGAGCGUGGCGAGGGCGUCGAGACUCAACAGAUGAAGACCAGCUACUCGCGCACUGCAGGUACUACAUAUGUCACCUUUGACAACGUCAAAGUCCCUGCUGGACACCUCCUCGGCGAGGAGAACAAGGGUAUCUACGUCAUUCUGUCCAACUUCAACCACGAGCGUUGGACCAUGACCUGCGGAACGGUGCGCUACUGCAGGACCGUCGUCGAGGAGUGUCUGAAGUGGGCACACCAGCGUCUCGUCUUUGGCAAGCGCCUGAUCGACCAGCCCGUCAUCAGGCUCAAACUGGCCAAGAUGAUCGCCCUUGUCGAGUCCCACCAGAGCUGGCUCGAGACAAUCACAUACCAGAUGUGCCACAUGCCUUACUCGGAACAGUCCAAGCACCUUGGUGGACCGAUUGGUUUGCUCAAGAUGAGCGCCACGCGCAUGGCACACGAAAUCGCCGAUGAGGCUGUACAGAUUUGGGGUGGAAGGGGUCUUACUCAGACCGGAAUGGGUUACAUUAUCGAGAACUUCAACAGGACCUACAAGUUCGAUGCCAUCCUUGGUGGCGCAGAGGAGGUCUUGGGCGAUCUCGGUGUUCGGCAGGCAAUGAAAAACAUGCCCAAGGCCAUGUUAUAAGCUGUGAGCUGUAGUUGAUUUCGUCUGUAUAAUAUAGAGGGGUGAUGCCUAGAUAUGAAAAAAUAUCAUGUUCUGUUAAAGCAAUUUGUGGACAUGUCUAUCAGUAGAAGCUACAUUCCCCAGGUUGGUCACAAGGACAGAAGCAACCCCACAACUCAUCCUGUG